AGUACGUAGCAGGCAGGAAGACCGUGUUUCACACUGAACCACAUCUUCUAACACAUCGUGCGAAAAGAAAAACGAAGGCUGGUCGACCACAACUCUUUAUCAACGUUUUGUUUGCGGCCAAAUCGACGACUGACGUCUAAAAAUGGCGAUAUCGACGGAGCUGGUAACUUUCCUCAUCUGGGUCAGCAUCUUAUCUUCUUCACAAGGCGGCGGCAAGAAGGGACUCGGAGGGAUGAAUCCACAUGAGUACCUGCACAAGUUUGGUUACAUCAAGCCCCUGAAACAGGGUGUUCAGCACGAACCAUCCGCCUGGGAGGAGGCGAUAAGGGACUUCCAGCUGAUGUCCAACCUCCCAGUCACUGGUCAGCUCGACUCGCCAACCGUCAAGAAAAUGAAACAGCCUCGUUGUGGCGUCGAAGACAACGUCGGCACGGGGCUUCUGGGAAAGGGUGAAAGGUCAUCAACGUCAGACAUGCGCAGUAGGUUCGAGGAUGACAGGCGGAGAACCAAAAGGUACACACUUCAAGGUGAGAAGUGGACUAAAACUCACCUGACGUACUAUAUCGUCAACAACGCCAGCAGUCUGCCGUACCAAGACGUCAGGGCGAUCCUCAACAGGGCUGUCCAGGUGUGGGCAGACGUUUCACCUCUGACGUUUGAAGAGAAGCAUGACGGUUGGGCGGACCUCUACAUUUACUUCGCCCGGGGAGAGCACACGGACGGCCCGGAGAACGCAUUCGAUGGCCCCGGUGGCAUUCUGGGCCACGCCUUCUUCCCGACCAAUGGCCACGCCCACUUUGAUGACGAGGAGAAGUGGACCAGUGAGGGGAAGGACGGGAAGAACCUGUUCAUGGUGGCGGCUCACGAGUUCGGCCACACCCUGGGACUGGCCCACUCUAACGUGGAGGAGUCCCUCAUGUCUCCGUACUACCAGGACUAUAAAACAGACUUCAAGAUGCCAUUCGAUGACGUCAUGGCCAUUCAGCAGUUGUAUGGUAAGGUUGACGCCGACAGGUACUCCGCUAACUACCUGCCCCCUGCCGGCCCCACCCCGCCUCUCAACGACGGAACAAACUCCAUCAAACCGCACCUCAGACCAACGCGCAAGCGCAAGAGGGCUCCCAACGGCUGCAAGGCCAAAUUCGACGCCAUCUUUUUAGGUAAACAAGGACAAACUUUUGCCUUCCGCGACAAACACUUUUGGCUGAUCGACGAUGACGGCAUCUCGUUUGGCUACCCGAAGAUGAUCAGGAAACAGUGGCCCGGCCUGAAGGGACACAUAGACGCCGCCUUCACGUCAAUCUACACCAACAAAACCUACUUCUUCAGGGGCCGUAAGAUGUGGAGAUUUGACGGCUUCACCCUGGACCACGGCUACCCGAAGUCGACGGCGCGCACCGGCCUUCCCUUCAAACCCGACGCCGCCUUCGUGUGGGGAGGGAACGGCCAAGUCUACGUCUUCAAGGGCUCGGAAUUCUGGCAGUUCAACGAGGUCACGGGGAGAGCGGACCCGGGGUUCCCGCGGAAGAUUCGCGCCACAUGGCUGGGCAUCGCCAACAACAUCAACGCCGCGCUCCAGUGGAGGAACGGACGGACUUACUUCUUCAAGGGGGACAGGUACUGGAGGUUCGAUGACGUCAUGAGGAGGAAAGCCAGGGGUUACCCGAGGUCAAAGGCGCAGGCCUGGAUGGGGUGUGCGCGGGCGGAUCCAUGAGGAAGACUCCUUCGUUCUAGAUCAACGUGAAUGAUUCUCUACAAAUUACAGUAAUCUA